AUGAGUGGAUUGUACAGUCAUGGCAUGAAUGCGCCGGAAGUGCCAGGUUCCAAUAUGAUGGAUCCUGGUUAUCCUGUCUAUGAUGCAGGCUUCGCAGCGCCGUAUCCCAGACUCUCUGGUCCGCCAACCCACUUCGAUGGAGUCGCGUUCUGGUACAACCCAAGCAACAACAACCAACUGUAUGACCGAGAUCCCACCCAUUUCAACAGCCGUGGUGUCGCUCUUCCAGCCACCGCUAUGGAGGCAGCUGCGAUCAAGCACCGGCGAACAAGGAGUGGUUGCUUCACAUGCCGAAGUAGGAGAGUCAAGUGUGAUGAAACCAGGCCUAUAUGUGACAGAUGCAAAAAGGGCAAUCGCGAGUGCGAAUUUCCUCAAGCUUCGACUUCUUCCAAACGAUCUAAAAACUCGGACAGUCGGAGUCCUAAAGAUCAGACGACAAGGAAUGAAAACAAAAAUGAAACUGGCUCAUCCCUACCCACGAUCAAGGAUGAAAGCGAAGAAGAUGAGGACAUGGAAUCUUCAGAUACCGCAGGUCGGCCACCACUAGGGCCAUUGCGAGCCGACAGCACACAGUCUACCGAAUCGACAAUAGACACCAAACCACACAUAGGCAUGUCUCCUACAGGUAGGGAGCAAGCCAGCCCCCAAUCGACAGACAUGUCAGAUAAUCGUUCCCGAGACGAGACCCCGGCUUCAUCGUUACGGACGGUGACAAAUUCAGCCGAGAUGCAGGCCAUUCAUGCGAAAAUAAAGACCCUGAAGCCCGAUCUUCAGAAAUACCUACAAUUUCAGCAAGACUACAUGACUUUCUACCAUUACUUCUAUAAGCUCGACCCGACAGACUUUGUUCACUGUGAGUUCAUCGACCUUGCCCUCAAUUACGAGCCGUUGCUCUACGCCGUGGUUGGGUUUGCUGCUUAUCACUACGAAUUGCGACGACCAAAUCCCAAGCUAUCACAUUUCUUAGGAUACCAUUCUCGCUCGCUUUCUAUGCUCAGGAAAUCACUAGAGAAAAGCUCAAAAGUUACCGAGGCGACGAUUUUGACGGUUUUACAACUUGCCACGUUCGAGGAAUAUAUUGGUGACUGGGUCAAUCUUGUGGGCCAUCAUCGUGCUGCUCAUACAAUGCUUAAGGACCUUUUCACUCCCGAAACUAUCAACGAGACUGAUCUUGGGAGGCGUAUUUUCAGCUGGUAUGCACGUUUAGAUGUCGUCGUUGGACUGAUGGCAGGCAACAAGACGAAAUUAGAAAGACCGUGGUUCGAAGCGAACGAAAAGUGGUACUUCGAGCAGAUGAAUACGGCCGCAGAGAGUGAAACAGACAUCCAGGACACAUUUGCAUACCUUGUCGCAACAAACCGUCUGAUCGGCAUGGAUAUGGCAGCAUUGUACGCCAAGCUACCCAAUCGCGAAAUCGGGGUCGAAGACUUUCAUGCUGAAAACGCCAAAAUUGCUUCUAGAGUCAACGACAUGAAGCUUUUGGUGGAGUCGAAAAAUAACGCACUCUACCGGGUGCAAGAAUUCCCACAGGAGAAAGUCCAUCCUCUGAACGAGACCGACAUUGUCAACCCCUACAUUCCCGGCGGAUUAUUCACAGGUCCACUGUGGCCGCUGAAUCAUAUGUGGCUCGACUGGUACGGGAUCGAGCAGAUGCGGACGUACCAAGUUGCGGCCCUGUUUCAGAACCCGAUGCCGCCUGAACUUGAACAAAUGAGUCUUGAAGAAUGUCGAAUCUAUGAAGCGAUUGACCGGUGGCCAGAAUCGCCGAAUGGUGCCAUCCUAGGCGCACACGCGACACUGGGCCUGGCUCUAGUUUUCCUGCGUAAAGACGAAAAGCACACCAUGUGGGCGAGAAGGAAAGUCGCGGAGGUAGAAAGACAAGGCUACAUAUUUCCAGCCACCUUCCGACGCAAAAUGGCGGAAAUGUGGGGGCUGACCACUGAACAAGUCGGCGAGGAAGAGUCAGUGGAGAACUGGUGGUUACCCAAUGACGAAGGCAACAGUGCGAUGCUCAAAGAACUGCGCCGAGUGGUUGUUGAGAGGCAUGAAAACGACCCGUUGAGCAUGGAGUCGCUUGCCAGCGUUCGCGAUCUCAAGGCUAUAUUCGCCAAGUUGGACAUCCGAACAAAGGGGACGACGAAACCAGGCUCGACCACCACUGACAGCCUCAGCCCACGCAGCGACGCAAGCGCUCCUAAUAGCGAUCGAGGAAGCAACGCCAGUUUCAGCCCGACGAACGCCAGCUUCUCUGACGCACGCAGUAGCAGCACCACAGGAUUUGGGCCCGAACCCAGCACCCAAAGGAGACAGCCAAAACGAGCCAAUUCACGACCUUGA